GUGACACGGUGAAGAUCGGAGAGAUUAUUUACAAACUCAAAACACCGCAGAAUCCAGAACUUGUUCCUGUCAAAUACCUUUCAGAGUCGCUGCCACAGACAGUGGCUCAGCACCUGCGAUGGAUCAUGCAAAAAGACCUUUUAGGCCAAGAUGUGUUUCUCAUCGGACCCCCAGGACCCCUGAGACGAUCCAUAGCAAUGCAGUACCUUGAGUUGACCAAACGAGAAGUGGAGUAUGUUGCAUUGUCCAGAGACACCACAGAGACUGACCUGAAACAAAGGAGAGAGAUUCGAUCAGGGACGGCCUUCUACAUAGACCAGUGUGCCGUGAGAGCUGCAACACAAGGUAGAGUUCUGGUCCUUGAGGGUCUGGAGAAGGCAGAGAGAAACGUUCUACCGGUUCUCAACAAUCUCUUGGAGAACAGAGAAAUGCAGCUGGAGGAUGGACGCUUCCUGACUUCAGCUGAGCGUUAUGACAAGCUGCUGCAGGAGCACACCAAAGAGGAGCUGGACAGCUGGAAGAUUGUCCGUGUCAGUGAGGACUUUAGAGUCAUUGCUUUGGGUCUUCCUGUUCCCAAAUACAAGGGGAACCCGCUGGAUCCUCCCCUCCGCUCUCGCUUUCAAGCCAGAGACAUCUAUUACCUUCCAUUCAAGGACCAUCUGGAAAUGCUGUAUGCAGCCGGACCAAAUAUUUCUGCAGAAAGAGUGUCGCAGCUGCUGUCCCUUGCCACAACACUGUGCUCCCAGGAGUCAUCUAGUUUGGGCCUCCCUGACUUUCCUGUGGACAACCUUAUUUCUGCACUUCAUGUUCUGAACAUUUUCCCCAUGAUGUCCUCCCAGCAGUUAAUACAGAGACUUUAUCCUUACAAGAGUAUUUUGGGAAAAGAUGGACACACUGCUGUUGAGGGUGUGUUGAAUCGGUUUGAGCUUUUGGAUGGCUGUCGUCCCUCAGCUCCUGGUGCUAUUCUGAGUGUGUCCCUAUCAAAGGAAUUCGAAGGCCAUGCAGAUGUCACAGUCCGGGUCGCAGACAAGGAUGUCACCUUCCAGGUUCCUGUUGGCAGCAAAGAGCUGCGUCCCCCCAACAGCAGUUCCACCUUCAUAAACACACCGAGCCACUCACAGCUGCUGGCUGAGAUGAUGCAGUCACACAUGGUGAAGGACAUGUGCCUGAUAGGAGCCAAGGGCUGUGGCAAGUCGGUGAUUGCGAGAGAGUUUGCUGAGAUGCUGGGCUACAGCAUUGAGCCUGUCAUGCUUUACCAGGACAUGACAGCCAGGGACCUUCUUCAGCAGAGGUACACUCUGCCCAACGGAGACACAGCAUGGAGGCCAUCUCCAGUGGUCACUGCUGCCAUCGAGGGCAAAAUGCUGAUCCUCGAUGGCAUACACAGAGUUAACCUUGGAACCCUGUCUGUGCUCUCCAGAUUGCUCCAUGAAAGGGAGUUAGAUUUAUAUGAUGGGACCAGACUGCUGAGGUGGGACAGGUACCAGAUGUUGAAGGAGCAGCUGCAGCUUACUGAUCAGCAGCUGCAAGAGAGGUUGAUCUUCCCUAUCCACCCAUCGUUCAGAGUGCUGGCCCUGGCAGAGCCUCCCAUUGUGGGGGCCAGUUCAAGCAGCAGUAACAGCAGAGGACAGCAGUGGUUGGGGCCGGAACUGCUGACUAUGUUCCUUUACCACACUGUCGCUCCGCUGGCUAAAGCAGAGGAAAUGAGUCUCAUUGAGGGACUGUGUAACAAUGUUCCAAAAGAAGCAGCAGAGCAGCUAUUACUCCUUGUGCACAGUCUCCGCAAGACAAACGACCCUACAGCGCAGUCUCUGGCCUCUUCCCUCUCAACCAGACAGUUACUGAGGAUCUGUCGCCGCCUCUCUCAAUACCCAGAGGACAGUGUUGCUUACGCGGUCAAUAAGGCUUGUCUCUCCAGGUUCCUGCCCAGCCUGGCUCRUGCCUGUCUUGAAAAAAGCCUCACCAACUGCUCCAUACAGGACACACUGGAUCCUGCUGAGCACUCUCGUGAUUAUUGCUGUGCGGUACAUGAUGGUGUGUUGACAAUUGGCAACGUCUCAGCUCCAGUCUACAACCCCAACCAGAAAAUGAAAGUUCCAGAUGUUCUCUUCUAUGAUAACCCCCAGCACAUGAUGGUGAUGGAGGACAUGUUGAAAGACUUUCUGUUAGGAGAGCACCUCCUCUUGGUGGGAAACCAGGGUGUAGGUAAAAACAAAAUAGUAGACAGAUUCCUGCACCUUCUCAACAGGCCCAGGGAAUACCUACAGCUCCACAGGGAUACAACAGUCCAGACUCUAACCCUGCAGCCUUCAGUGCAGGAUGGCAUCAUUGUGUACGAGGACUCACCCCUGGUAAAGGCAGUGAAGCUUGGUCACAUACUUGUGAUUGACGAAGCUGACAAAGCUCCCACUAAUGUUACCUGCAUCCUGAAAACCCUGGUGGAGAGUGGAGAGAUGAUCCUGGCAGACGGUCGCAGAAUCGUCUCAGAUCCAAAUGAAGCAAAGAAGAGGCCCAACGUCAUAGUCAUGCACCCAGACUUCAGGAUGCUCGUCCUGGCUAACCGACCUGGUUUUCCUUUCCUGGGCAAUGAUUUUUUUGGAGCAUUAGGUGAUAUUUUUAGCUGUCAUGCUGUGGACAAUCCAAAGCCCCAGGCAGAGCUGGCCAUGCUGAAACAAUACGGCCCUGAUGUUCCUGAAGCUACUCUACAGAAACUGGUGGCUGCGUUUGGAGAGCUGAGGUCCAUGGCAGAUCAGGGCACCAUCUCCUACCCCUACUCCACUCGAGAGGUGGUCAACAUCGUUAAACACCUGCAGAAAUUUCCCAACGAAGGUUUGGCCAACGUGGUGCGAAACGUCUUUGACUUCGAUUCUUACAACAAAGACUUGCGGGACGUUUUGAUAGAUUCUCUGCACAAACACGGGAUUCCCAUCGGGGCCAAGCCAACUUCUGUCAAACUGGCUAAGGAAUUGCCUUUACCUGAAGUCAGGAUGACUGGAUACUGGACCUUAAACCAAAGUGGCAACGCUCGUCGCAAGCUGCUCUGCCCUACUGAGACACAUCCUGUAGAUAUUAAGGGUCCUGUCUUUCUGCGCGUCCAGAGUUAYCCCUGCAACAGACAAGAAAGCAGAGCAAUGAGUUUUACUGAGGAGAAAGCUCAUUGGCAGAUUCCCAUGAAUGAAGUUAACAUAGUCUGUGAUGUCAUCAGCGUAAAUGACAUGCUGUAUGUGGCCACGUGUAACCCGGUGUCCCUGUACUCCAUGAAGGAGCRCGGGGAGACGGUUCAGUGUAUGGAGCUUUACGACGUCUUCCCCAGGACCAUGAGUGGUGUCUAUCAGCCAUUUGUCACCAUUGCUCCACUUGGGAGUCCUCUUGAUGGACAGGUGGUGCUGCAUGAGGAACAGAGYAACACAGUGCUACAUUUGGACUUGGUAAGCGGUGCCGUGCGGAGGCUGAUGUUGUCUCCAGACGGUGAUCAGACUCCGUUCAAAGCCUCAAACUGGUGGAGCAAUAAGGAUCAACAGGGAGGCCAUAAGAUGUGCCGUGAAUUUGCCCAUAAAAACUGGCUUCUCUUCUAUAAAGAGGAUGGCAACCAGCUGGAGGUGCUGGACGUUCUAGAGGGACGGGUUUAUUCUAUCUUCCUUCCAAUCAACCUGAAGUCAGUGAUCCUGGUGGCAGAGGAUCGGUGGUUGUUGUUAGAGAGCUCCACCAAUAAGAAGUUUCUUCUAACCAAGCCSAUGCACAUGGCUGCUGAAGAUACUGGAGUGUGUCAGCUACACAGUAUCAACGAGGACACAGUCAGCUCUGGUCAUGGAUCAAGCUUAGCAGAGGUUUCUGUACCCCAGAUUGUGUCAAGUGAGCAGCUACCAAAUGAAAACCUGAGUGUUGCUCUGGACCAGAAGAUUGUUUCUCCCAAUCGUGUCCUGGCCGACACUAGCUCCUUUGCACAGGUCAUCGUAGGUUUCCCAGAUCUCAUGUCACCUAAUGAGGUGUACAGCUUCAGGAGACCUGUAGACCUGUCAGCCGUGAAAUCCAGCGAGGGCGGGUCUCACUCAUUCUUUCGAGGUGGGCUUCGAGGCGGAGCCGUCAAAAGGGAGAAUUGCGUCGUUCUGCUCUCGGCCAAUCAGGUGGUCCGAGCCAUUUCCCCUGCCAAGGUGCCUCUGAAGGACAUAUACCCCAAAGAUGUCACGCCUCCUAUGACAUCAGCAUACCUGGAAGUGACUGACCUCACAUCCAAAAAGCUUAAAUACAUUCCAGUUCCAAG